AUGUCGUCACCAUCCGCCUCACCACAAGGAAGCAAGCGCAAGAGGAACGCCGCCUCCCUCUCCAACGGUGCUCCCGACAGUGUGUUGCAGCCUUCAUCCCGAGACGCUUCUGCCGAAGAAGGCGAUACUACUGCGCCUGAAUCUGGUCGACAUCAUCAUCGCAACGGCACCACGGGCCCGAAUCCUAAGAGACUGCGAAGCAACUCGGGCCGCUCUGCCGAUGUCGCUCCUCAAAAUGUUAUCGACCCUGGCGAGCCCAGCGACACCACAGAGGCCAGCAUUGAUAUUGCCGAGCGAGUUGGUCGCAGGGCACGCAGGCCUUCUGCCAACGGCAACGAUGAGACCAUGGCGCCGCCGCCAGUUGGACAGCUGAUCCAUCCUGCUGGUGGUUUCAAGACCAACCCUCCUCCCGUCGGCCGAUCCGUACGAGUCUACGCCGAUGGUGUUUUUGACUUGUUCCACCUUGGGCACAUGCGACAGCUUGAGCAGGCCAAAAAGGCCUUCCCCAACACCACUCUUGUUGUCGGUGUUACCGGUGACGACGAGACGCACAAGCGCAAGGGCUUGACCGUCAUGUCGGCCAAGGAACGGGCUGAAUCUGUGCGACACUGCAAGUGGGUGGACGAGGUCAUUGAGGACUGUCCAUGGAUCGUCACCGCCGAGUUCCUCCAGGCCAACCACCUCGACUAUGUUGCGCACGACGAUCUCCCAUAUGGCGCUGAUGAAGGCGACGAUAUUUACCAGCCGAUCAAGGCAGCCGGCAUGUUCCUCGUCACCCAGCGAACUGAAGGAGUGAGCACAACCGGAAUCAUCACUAGAAUCGUCCGGGACUACGAAAAAUACAUUAGUCGACAGUUCAAGCGUGGUACUUCACGACAAGAGCUCAACGUCAGCUGGCUCAAGAAGAAUGAGCUGGAUAUCAAGCGUCACGUCCAAGAUCUUCGCGACAACAUCAUUACAAACUGGACAAGCACAGGCCAGGAGCUCAGCCGAGAACUCAAGCAGUUCUGGCCAUCUAGCCGGCCCCACAGCCCUGCUCGCUUCAACUCAGCCAACAGCGAUGGUCUUCGAUCUCCCACUACCCCUGGAUCUAACCCUAACAACUCCAAGGAAUUUGUGACUGGCUACGCGCUUGGUCUGGUCGGCGGAGUCCGCUCCUGGAUGACCAAGAACAGACGAACAGUCGCCAGCCGUCCCGUCUCUGACGACGAGUCCGAGGAGUCUGAUGAGGCUGCCAAGUCUCCCGUGUCCACAAAGGCUCCCUCUCUGCCUGCUCCAACCCAGGCGUAA